AUGGACCCAGAAGCAGAAGCAAAACACACAGGCACCGCCGCACGCCUGCAAGCCCGACGCGGCGAGAUAACCGGGUCCAACACUGGAAUCGCCACGGGAGUCUACUGCAAUCUGGUCGUUGUCCCGCAAGAAUUCGCUGCGGACUUUAGACAGCCAUGUCUCCGUAACCCCGUUUGUCUACCUCUACUGGAACAGACAGAUCCCGGAGCACGGAAGAGCAAAUUAGCAGCCGGUAGCGAUAUCAGCACUGAUAUCCCGCGAUACAAUAAUUACCAGGACGGAAAAUUACAUAGCGCAGGUGUCUCCAAUAUCACGGCGCAAUGGAGCGAUGAGCACGUCGGUUUCCUCCUCGGUUGCUCUUUUACAUUUGAAAUUGGGCUCGCGGCUGCGGAUCCUCGUCUCACGGCCCGGAACAUGGCAGAGGGAAAGGCGCCUCCUGUCUAUGUGACUUCUGUCCAGCUUAACCCUAGUGGCGUUUUCACUGGGGCAUGCAUGGUUGUUAGUAUGCGCUGGUACAGGAAAGACGAUAUACCUCGGGUCCGGGCUGUCACCGCGCGCUUCAGCAGGCAGCAUGGUGAGCCGGUAGCAUGGGGUUGGGAGGGGGCCGAGUAUCUGGGGGUUGCAGAUCGGCUCAAAGCCAAGGCUGUGGACUUUGGCGAGUGGGUUGAGCCUGUGGAUGGCGAGGUUCCUGUGUUUUGGGGGUGCGGUGUCACUGGGGAGAUUGCUCUGCGGGCAGCGAAGAUACCAGGGGUGUCGAUGACGCAUUAUUCGGGAACGAUGUUUGUCACCGACCUUACAGCGGAAGAGGUGGAGAACCGUGGGCCAAGGCUGGAACCUCUCUCGCCGGCUAUCACGGAAGAUGCGCGGGACAAUGGCCUCGCUUGA